UUCAGAUGUGUGUAAAGAAGUUCCGUACAAAUGCACAAAAGUUGAGUCAAGUUCAUCAUGCGAGUCAUCCAAAUUAUACAGUCCAAAAGUGUCCUUCAUCACAUUUGAAUAUGGCCCUGCAGAACUCAAUCUUUUCAAAUAUGUCGCAGAUGAAUACCAAUACAUCUGGAGAAAAAUGAAAGAAAUAUGGAUUUUAAAAAAAGACAGUGAACUAGCAGAUGGACUAUUUCUUUUACAUGGACACCCUUUAAACAUUAAAAAAUCAUGCAUGGAUCUGUUUGGUUUUGAUGCUACGACAACAAAUUUUGAAGACAGAGAAAAAGUUCCACCAGACGAAGAUUGUAUUGUUGUUUGCUAUUUAAGGAAGAAAGAAAAGGUACAAUUUGAAGAAAUUCGGAAAGCAGUGAAAGAUGUCAAGCCCCCCAGAUUGUUUUUCGUUGUCGAUUCAGAAGUCAAUAACGAAAUAGAAGCGCAGCUUAAACGUCAACGCUUUUGUCCACAGUCUCAUGUCAUUAAAGCUAGUGCCGACAAAAGUGUUAUCUACGAUGAAUUCCACAACAUAUUAGAAGAAAAACUCAAAUUGCUAUUUCAUGAAGUGGAAAUGAAAACGGGAACCCGAAAGGUCGCUGUGUUCAAAAAUCAACUCGAGUCUCUUCGAGAAAAACUAAUAGAAAGAAAGCGAAAAACAACAUUCCAGCUUACAGAUGCUUGCAUUAGAAUAUUGAAAACGUAGGUGGUGAAUAU